UCGGGCUUCCGUAUUAAUUGAACAUUUUUUAUCUUAGAAUCGAACCCAUACUUUGACGUGACUUUUCAGCCACUGUGCCUGCAGAAUCAGACGGUGAAGUGUUUGCCAAUGUGUAUAGCGGUGUUUCUGUGGCGAUCUCACCCUCUUUACCCUUUGCUUCUGUUUCUCAACAGAGAUGAGUAUCACAACAGGCCGACGGAGCCGCUGAGGCGGUGGGAAGACGGAGAGAUGGUGGGAGGAAGAGACGUGGUCGGCGGCGGGACGUGGCUCGGCUGCACGAGGCACGGUCGUAUCGCUUUCCUCACCAAUUUCAGGGAGGUUUGUUCCAAUCCCAAUGCGAGAACCCGUGGACAUCUCCCACUCCGUUUCUUGCAGAGCGGGAAAAGCCCCACGGAGUUUGCUGAGGAGUUGGAGAAAGAGUUUGACCAGUACAACGGCUUCAACCUGGUAGUGGCUGAUGUGUGCUCCCAAGUCAUGGUUUACAUUACCAACAGGCCUCCGUGUGCCAACAGCAGCCUCGUCCGGGAAGUUUCGCCUGGAAUCCACGUCCUCUCCAACGCAAAUCUCGACUCUCCCUGGCCCAAGUGUCUGCGACUCAAAGAGGAUUUUAUAAAGUUGUUGGCCGGAAGCAAGGGCGGUGAGUUCCCAAUGAAGAAGAUGACAGAAAAGGUGAUGAUGAACGGUGACAAGGACGACGAAGAGGCCAAGCUACCCGGCAUCUUCCAGCCGGAGAUCGAGUUCAAUCUCAGCUCCAUCUUCAUAGACUUCCAACGACCAAAUGGGCGAUAUGGCACCAGAAGCAUCUCGGCCUUGAGCGUCAAGUGCGAUGGUGAGGUAUGCUUCUACGAGAAGCACCUGGAAGGUGAUGCGUGGAAGGGACGCACCGAAGAGUUUACGACGCAAACCCGAAACAUUUGAUUUGGUGGUGUUGUAGUAUUCACUAACAAAAGGAGCUUUUAUUUUAUCAACAAAGCAUACAAAGUGUGA